UUUUCGAAAUACUCGUGUCUUGCGGUCAAGUCUAACAACAGCGACCAAAAAUAUCAAAUACUUUUGUCGCCAAGGAUUUUUUCUGCUUUUAGCCAAUCAUCAAAAUGGUACUUGUCUGAUAUAGGCAAAAAACUUCUAAUACAAGAUCAAAAAAUGGCGUCGUUUGACGAAAUUGUGAAACCCAUCACGUCAAAUUCACAAAAAAGUGACGAAUGA